AGGGAGCCGCUCUGGGAGUUUUCGGUAACCUGCAGUAAAGGAGAAAUAAGUUGCGUGUUUUAUCCCGUCAAUUUUUUUUGUUCUGUGCACGCAAACGCUCCGCCCCAAUGAAGAUUUGAAGAAAGAACUCACGCCUAAAUUGGACUGUCAGAAACCGAUAAGACUUUGAGUUUUAUGGACGUCGCCAUAUUUGAUAUUACUUCGAUCACUGUCGCAGUUUGGCUGACAUUUCGGGACUAUAAAACAAUGCAAGCUUAUGUUUCUCUAUGGCUCCGAAACCUACAGAUGUCCGAGUUCCACUCUCUAUGCAACUGAUACUCGACUGCCACUGGCUCAUUUGCGUUCGAGGGGAGGGGCUUACCGACAGACCAGUUUUAAGGAUGGACAAAUGUGGACGUAAAAAUAUUGUAGCAAAUCCUACAUCUGGUUGGCUGUUUACUCCCUCAUAUACUUACACAUGCAGAGAAUUGUCUCCACUUCCAAAAUGGAAAAGUCUGCUGGGGGUUAAGCAAGCUUUCUUUGGCUCGGUUUUCAGCGUGAAACGUGCGCCAGGGGUUUAGUGACACCUCGAAGAGACCGAAGACUUUUUCACAGGAAACUGAAAGAUUUCUCUUUCUCACACUGACAAGACGUAGAGGAGAGGAUGCUGCAACAGCAGUCCCAGUGGACUGUCGACGGUCAGCAUGCUAACUUUCUCAUUCCUGAACCAUCCUGCAUAAUCAACGCCAUGGAAACAGAAUCCACCUUUAACUUGACUGCACCCACUGUGUCUUCGUUGCACCAAAACACGACGAACUCUUGCGACUACAUAUCCACCUCAGCCUCGCAGUACCAGAAGAAAGUGAUCCCAACUUUGUACAGCCUAAUUUUCCUGCUAGGUUUUCUUGGUAACAUGCUGGUGGUGUGCGUGCUAAAUCACAGUUCAGGCCGAAGGACGGUAGCCAACACGUAUCUGAUGAAUCUAGCCAUGUCGGACUUGCUGUUCCUGAGCUCUUUGCCAUUCUGGGCUGUUUACUAUUCGCUGGAUUACAACUGGGUUUUUGGAAAGGUCAUGUGCAAGCUGUGUGGAGGUCUGGUAACUAUAAACGUCUACGCUAGUAUAUUUUUCAUCACGUGUAUGAGCGUGGAUCGAUAUCAUGCCAUCGUCCACCCAUUGCACUCUCAGAGCAGCCGGAGCAUAAAUCAGGCCAGAUGUGUCAGCGGCAUCAUUUGGGUCGUGGCGGCUUUGACGACAUUGCCGACAGUUGUGUUUCGUGACAUACACACUUUCCCCAGUAACAACAUUACGGCAUGUGUCAUUAAUUUCCCCAGCGCCAACUGGCAAACCUGGUUAACUCUUGGGAAGAACACUCUGGGAUUCUUCUUGCCAUUUGUUGUCAUUGCAACCUGCUACGGCCGAAUCGCCGUAAACCUUCUGGCCACCCCGAACUACCUGGAGCCGGACUCCACCCGACUGGUCCACGUGUUGCGUAUGGUGGUAGCUGUGGUGCUGGCGUUUUUCUUUUGCUGGUUUCCGUUUCACGUUCUGGCGUUCCUCGGGGCUCUGGGGGAGCUGGUUGUGGAGUGGGAUUGCUGGGUGCUUCAAGCGAUCCAUAAACUGCUCCCGUUCUUCCUGUGCCUCGGCUUUUCCAACUCUGCCAUAAACCCCUUCCUGUACUGUUUUGUGGGAAAUCACUUCCGAGAGAAGCUGUGGCAGUUUUACGGGGACAUGCUGACGCAGAAAAGGGAUUCCAUCAGCACGAGACUAUCUUCCUUCUCCAGGAAACUGAGUGACCUCAAAGAAACCGUGCCUAUGGAGAUUCUUGAGCAGCAGAACAGCCCUUAGUGGAAUCUGAUCAAUCUACACCUUUACAUACUAUUAUUAUAAUGCAGAAGACCAUGCCAAGUGCUUUUCCAUGGACUGCUAUCUGUUUGAGAUGAUCAGUUAUGAUUGUUGUUGGUUGCUAUAAUUGGGGUUGUGUCACUGUGCCUUGCUUCUAAUUACGCAAUGAUUGUGAAUAGCGCCAGCAUCUAUAAACAACAUUUGGUUACAUAACAAUGUGUAGAAAUAUAGUCCACAUAUUAUUCUUUGAUCAGACUUUAUACAGGAUGAGGAAUUUGCUGAUUUUCUGCACAAAUCAUAGAUAAGAAAUAAAUAAGAUAAAACGUCUUAAUAUUUGGAUUAUUGGUAAUAUCAGAGUAAAUAACACUCAAAUGUUAGUGUUAAUCAUGUCUUUCAUAUGCCUGAAAGCUGCCAGACAGACUAAAACUAUAAACUGUAAUAUACAAAGUCACAAAGCUGUAAUAUACAAUGUAACAUGAGCUGUUAAAAAUCAUUGUAAAUUGAAUUAUAGUUCUAUGAUAAAGGAGCAUCAUCAAUAAAUGAUGUUUGCAAGUA